UCCACAAAAGCCUAGAGAAAUUAUAGAAACAACAAUCGAGAGAGAAGGAAUAAUGGGUGAGGAAAUGAGGGCUAUUGUGAAGGUUCCAGUAGCAACAUUAAGUUCUGGGAAAACUAUUCCAUUGUUAGGAUUUGGUACAGCAGCAUACCCAUUUGUAGGAUCAGAUGGUGUAAAAUCCGCAAUAUUGAAAGCAAUAAAGCUAGGUUAUAGACAUUUUGACACUGCUGCUCUGUACAUGACUGAAGAGUCUCUUGGAGAUGCUAUAGCGGAAGCACUUCAACUUGGUUUGAUCAGAUCUCGAGAUGAAGUUUUCAUCACCUCAAAACUAUAUUGUUGUGAUGCACAUCCAGAUCGUGUUCUCGCCGCUCUUCAAAAUACUCUUAAGAAUCUGAAGAUGGAAUAUCUUGAUUUAUACUUGAUACAUUGGCCAGUUAGAGUGAAUCCAGGGAACUUUAUGUUCCCACCGGCCAAAGAAGAGUUACUUCCGAUGGAUUAUGAGAAUGUAUGGUCAGCCAUGGAAGAGUGCCAAAAACUUGGUCUCACAAAAUCAAUAGGUGUCAGUAAUUUCUCUUGCAAGAAGCUUCAAAAUUUAUUGGCCAUUGCCAAUAUCCCUCCGGCUGUUAAUCAGGUGGAGCUGAACCCAAUUUGGCAACAGGGCAAACUGAUCAAGUUUUGUAAGGCUACUGAUAUUCUAGUCACUGCUUACUCACCUUUGGGAGCUAAUGGAACACCUUGGGGAUCAAGUGGAGUUGCAGAGACACAAGUGUUGCACGAAAUUGCAAAGGCUAGAGGAAAGACUCAUGCUCAGGUUUGCUUGAAAUGGGUACACCAGCAAGGAGUGAGUGUGUUGGUGAAGAGUUUCAAUGAAGAAAGGAUGGAAGAAAACUUGGCGUUGUUCGAUUGGGAAUUGAAUGAAGACGAGUUGGAAAAGAUCAGUGAAAUUCCGCAGCGACGAGGACUUCCUGGUGAUGUUUUUGUAUCUGCCAAUGGACCUUUCAAAUCUGUUGAAGACCUUUGGGAUGGAGAAGUUUGAAAUCCUGUAUCAUCCAUUUUAGAUUUUGCUAUUGUUGCUUGUGUUAGUUGGUGUUGCUGUUUAAAUUCCGCCUAAUUUCCUUUGUUUUCAUGUUGGUUAAUAAAAUGAAGUUACAUUUGUCAC